AUGCCUGCACACGACACACACACACACACAGCACACACUCCUGACACGCAGCACGCGCUGGGAAAAGGAGGAGAGGAAAGGGCGCUAACCAGCCCUGCCGUCUUGUGGCCCUGGCGAUCGCACGGCAUCGCAUCGCGUGGUAACACUGCUAAACGGCGGUGGCCGGGGGUGGUGAUUAAGCAGUCCUUUGCGCCCGCCCGGCCCCGCGAAUGA